AAAGCAGCCCCUCCUGGCUGGGAGGCACAGAAGAAGAAUGGCCAGUUACCCACGAAGAUCUCCCAGAGGGCAGAGUUAUCCAUCCAAAGUCAGAGAACCUUUCCUGCAGAAGGUCCAUGCAAGUGAGUCAGGACCAACCAGCCACACCUGGGCCCAGCGCGAAUUCCUCUUCCCCAAUGAGUCCUGGGAGCUGCCCGGCUUCACGCGGCAAGCCUACCACCAUCUGGCCCUGAAGCUGCCACCCUGCACAGAAACCAAGUCCAGGGUGCGCCACCGGCUAAUCCACCCUUGGAAGGAUGCUGCCCAGCACACGCGGGGCUUUCACACGUGGCUCGACGUGGGUCGUCUGCCCGCCACCUUCCCCUCGCGGCCCGACAGGCCCUACGACAGCAACGUCUGGCGCUGGCUGACCAACGCCAGGGCCCACCACCAGCCCCCGGCAGAGCCCCCCAUCCCCCCUCCCUCCUGGAUGGGUAAGAACAGCUUCCUGACCUUCAUCUGCUGCACCCCCAUCUUCUUGGAUGGGAGUAGGAAGGAGCAGGUGAUCCGCAGGGCGGUGAAGGAGCUGGAGGAGGUGGAGAAGCUCAAGCUGAGGAGCGAAGCAAGAGCGCCGCCCCUGGACGCCAGUGGCAACAUCCUGCCGCCAGGGAACUUCAAGAUGUACCAGCAUAUAUCAGCUGGUGGGAGGUUUGAACCCCACGGCCUCCAGCUCAUGCCCAACCCACUUCCCAAUGAUGUUGCCAAGAGCUGGCCCUGUCCAAACCCUCUGCCACACUACCAAGAGACGGCACUAAAGCUGGCUUUGCUGCCCAGUGUGCCCCUGAGCCAGGACCUCGUGAGGGAUUACCAGACCCUGAUCGAGGGACGAACAUCCUUGCCCCUCCACUAUCUCUCCAAGGCACGACCUGGAAAAUCCUCAACGAGAAAGAGAAGACCUGGACACAGCUAGAGGACCCUCCAAUAGGUAGGGACAGUGGUGGGCACACAGACCCCCAGGCUCUGGAGUUCUUAACCAAAUGCCUCUUCUGCAAGAAGCCCUUUGAGUGGCUGAAGGAUUCUGGCUUCUGCAGAACACAGCCUUUCCAGCAUUCCACCAUUCUCCCAGCCUCAAGCCCCCUCUGUAUCCCAGGCUCCC